CGAAUGUCAAUCAAUCACCCAUUAAUUUUCCACAAACAACUAUUAGUACGCAAAUGGCUCGACCGUUUCGCCUCGCAAUUCUAGAGUGUGAUACUCCCGUAGACGAGGUGAGAGCUACACACGGCUCCUACGGGGAUAUUUUCGAAAAAUUCUUUUUCAAUGGAUUAAAGGAGUCGGAUCAUAUCAAUAUUGACUUUCGCGUGAGCAAAUGGCACGUUGUUAACCAAAAUACUUUCCCAAAUCCUGAAAGUGUUGAUGCUAUUGUCUUGAGUGGAAGUAAACAUACCGCGGCAGAAAAUGAUUAUUGGAUACUUCACCUUGUAGAUUUUGUCCGCGAAUUUAUACAACAUUACAAAAAGCCAGCCGUGGGCAUUUGUUUCGGGCACCAGAUAAUCGCCCGUGCAUUAGGCAGUCAGCUAACACGAAACCCAGGUGGGUGGGAGAUAUCUGUUGACCAGAUUACUCUCACAGGCCUCGGUUAUUCGCUACUUGGAAAAGAAAUAUUAAUGUUGCAUCAAAUGCAUCGCGAUAUCGUAUCAGAUGUGCCCGCCGAAUGUGUCAAUAUCGGCUUCAGCUCACGAUGUGCGGUUCAGGGGCUCUACUGGGAGAAUCGGGUUUUCUCGAUCCAGGCUCACCCAGAAUUCAACGAGAGUAUCAUGAAUAGUAUUCUUAAAGCUAGGCAUGAGCAAGGUGUUUUUGAUGACAAGCAGUUCGCUGAUGGAGUAUCGCGAGCUUCGCAUAGCCAUGAUGGGCAAUUGGUUGUUAAGCAGAUUCGCACCAUUUCUCCCGCCACCAAUUCGGUGAUAUACGAACACUCAGGGACAAGCAUCGAAGAGUCUCAAAAUAUUGCAAUCAAAUCCCAAAUUGCUUUCUACACCUGGAGGCUUACCACAUUAGCUGAACGCAAAAAGAUUGUGGAUGCGGCCCUCAGACAUAUUCUAGCUGAUAAGGAAAACCUUGGUCGCGAAAUCACCCUGCAGAUGGGUCGACCGAUUUCCUAUAGCAGCAAAGAAAUUGAAACAAUGUAUAAAAGAGGUGAAUAUAUACUCAAUCUCGCCGAGGAAGCAUUGGCCGACUUGCCUGGCGUUCCUGAAGAGGGGUUCAAACGUGUUGUUACAAAGGAGCCUAUCGGCCCCUCGCUUAUCGCUUCAGCAUGGAAUUUUCCCCAUCUUACUUUGGUCAGUUCUCUAGUUCCUGCUCUAUUGGCAGGUAAUACUGUGAUUUUGAGAGCACCGCCUCAAACACCUCUCAUCGGAGUACGAUUCCUGGAGGCAUUCCAAAAUAGUGGGUUGCCGGAGAAUGUUCUUCAACUGGUAAAUAUUGGAAGUAUGGAAGUGCUUCAAGAGGUAGCAAAGUUACCUCAAAUACAAUUAGUUACCUUUACAGGAUCUACAGCUGGCGGAAUAGGUUUGCAACAAGCUACAGCGAAAAGAAUCAUCCCGCUUAAUUUGGAGCUUGGUGGAAAAGACCCGGCUCUUGUGAGGUCCGAUGCCGACAUCACAAAAGUCGCCGCGAAUCUUGUCGAUGGUGCUGUAUUCAACUCUGGGCAAAGUUGCUGCUCAGUUGAAAGAAUCUACGUGCAUGCCGAAAUUCAUGAUGAACUUGUAAAGGAAAUACAACAAGAACUUAAAACAUACAUCCUAGGCGAUCCAUUUAACCCAAAGGCGAAUGUCGGGCCAGUGGUGUCCCAAGCUGCAAAAGAAAAGAUUGAGGCACAAGUAAAAGAUGCUCUUAAAAAGGGUGCACUUGAUGUAACCCCCCAAGUGCCAUCUUUUGAACAGGCCAAGAAUAAGGGCAGCAACUACGUAGCACCAACGGUACUCAUCAAUGUGAACCACUCGAUGUCAAUCAUGAAAGACGAGACUUUUGGCCCUAUAAUUCCCAUACAAAAGGUCAAAGAUGACGAUGAAGCAAUUAAGCUUAUGAACGACAGUGAAUAUGGCCUUACGGCAAGUAUUUGGACAGAGGACGUCUCUGCUGCGGAGCAACUACUUAGCCGCAUAGAGGCCGGAACAGUCUUCAUCAAUCGUUGUGACUUUCCAAGUCCUGACCUUGCUUGGACAGGAUGGAAGAAUUCGGGGAUAGGUUGUACUUUAGGGCCUCGUGGCUUUGAUGGAUUUUUCAAAUUGAAAAGUGUGCAUAUCAAAAUGUGCCAAUAAAGUAUACAUGGGAUGCCAUGUUUUAAUUUCAAAAUAUUGAGAAAACAAACAUGAUUGCCUUGACUUUCUCUUUUUCAUGUCUUUCUACCCUCGUCUUGGUCGGUCAUGCCCACUUUUUCGAUAUGAAGAUUAGUAUAGCAUUCAUUAGCCUAAUCCAUUAUCAUACUUUCCG